AUGGCGGGAAGCGAACUUCCCAAAUCGCUCUUAACAACGGGGUGUGAGGUGUGCAUACCAAAUCCAACUAACGCUGGUCAGUCUUUUCUUGAGCGUCUCCCUAACGAAUUGCACCGUAUGAUAUUCGAAGAGUGCGGCCUUUCUUCUAGAAAUACGCUUGUCCAAACGUGUCGUAAGCUGCGCUUUGCAGGCUUGAACUGCCGCCUUAAACGCCUUGAACGUGUAAAGCUAAAGGACACACUGGAGUUCCUAGAGGCUGAUUUACUCAUGCUAGCCAGCCAUCCAGACGCUGAGAUCAUCCGUACCCAUACCACCUGUCUGAGCAUCGCUAUUACCACCAUUCAGCGCCGAUCAGGGGUACCCACCCUCAAUACCAUCAACCCCGAGGAGGCUGGUCGUCAACUUAAUCCGCUGCCGGCUCUCAUCAGCAAAAUGGAGAAACUCCAAUGCCUAAAGAUCGAUGUAGAGCGCCUCGAGAUAGACAAGUCCCUUUGCGAUGACUUCCAGGAUGCCAUGUGCUCUAGCUUCGAGGCCCUGGGCAACAGCGUGCUCUCCAGUAGCUUACAGAGGCUAAUAAUACUGGGCGGGUUCACCACUCCAAAGGUAUUCUACAUCUUACGUGUAUUCUCGCAUCUACGAUACGUAGUAUUGAACUACUUGUGCUUCCAAGAGGCGCAGCCUCUUAUUACCGGAGAAAUGCAUUUUAAAACAGUUAAGGGUCUUCAGAUCGAGUUAAGUCUUGAUCAAAUAGGAGCAUUGGAACAUUAUCGCCGUGCAGCGCAAUGGUUCCCCAACGUGGAAUAUCUCGAAAUUGGCUGGAGUCGCUGGUCAGAGGACAGUCAAAAAAUGGAGAUCCACCGUACCAACAAAGCUUCGCUCCCAGGGGCUGUGGAGGAAAUUACCUUAGACGUAGCACCUUUGCCUAGGAGAUUAAUAAUCGCGGCGCUUUUUCGACGAGCACCAUGA